GCGCCCCGGAGGAGUGUGCGGUGAGCACCGCCUCCACCACCGCGCUAUCCCGCGUAACGCUGACUGAAACCAGCCUGAGGAAGACCUGUCGUGGGCAAGUGGUCACCAAGCAGACCCCGUGCGGUCGUGAUACAGUGUCAGGACACCGAAGACUAACUAGCUAGGGCUUGGAAACGCCUGAUUCCAUCAGCUGACGACGCGCGUGAUACCGCUACCAUUCACGUCGGCACGGCCGGCCAGCCGACGUGCGCUGCCCGUGGCCGGGUGGGGACGAAGCGGCGCGGGACGCCGUCGCCGCCGCCAGCUAUGGAGACGUCCGCCGGUCUCCGUGCCGACGCCUCAGCAUCGUGCGUCACCGCUGGAAGCGAUGCUGCACUCUGCCUGCGCGUCGAGGGCUGCGCCGCGGUUCCUGAUGGUCCUGGGGGUGACGCAGGGCACGUUGAUCCGUCGGGAAGUUCCCGGGCUGCGCUUUGCGACGGAGUCGAGAGUCUUGCCACGCUCGCCGACGGCAGAAGCCAAGCCAAGCUCUCCGCUGCUGACAACGGCGGGAGCCACGCCAAGCUCUCCGGUGCCGACGGCCGCACGGAGGCCUGCGCACGUGUUGGGAGUGGCGCUGAUGUCCCUUUGUGUGCUGGGAGUAGUGCUGUUGCCUCGACAAGUGCUGUGAGUAGUGCUGAUGCCUUGACGGCAAGUGCUGGGGCCGGUGCUGAUGCCUCCACCUCCAACGCUGGGGGUGGUGCUGAUGCCUCCCCCUCAAACGCUGGGGGUGGUGCUGAUGCCUCCAUCUCAAGCGCUGGGGACGGUGCUGAUGCCUCCACCUCAAACGCUGGGGGCGGUGCUGAUGCCUCGACCAGAGCUGGGAGUAGUGCUGAUGUCUCGACGAGUGCUGGGGGUGGCGCUGCUCCUUCGAACCUCGCCAGGUCGUGCACCGGACCCUCCGGCGCCGCAGUGCCUGCUGCCAGCGGCGGCGCAUCGUCGCCAGCGCGAGCUAGGAGUCGCGCCCGGUACCAAGGCCGGGCCGGCGGCGGCGCCGCGUACCCUGGCCGCACUGCAGUACCGCUGGUGGCUCCGCCACCGGUCGGAAGCGGCGUGUUUUCCCGCGCUUUCGCCAGACACAACAAAGACCUGGCGCACGUGCUUCAGUCAUUGGAACAGCUGCACACCCAGCUCAGCGAGGUGGACGUUGACUACGAUGAUGUCGAGUCUCUCUCGGAGGGCCACAAGACGGCGCUGUACGCGUCUGUCGUGCUCGUCAGGCAGAUGCUGAACGAGACCCAGACCAAGUUCCACAGCAUGAUGGAGGACAACCAGAUAUUGGGAUCCCGCAUCGACAGCAACCUGCAGGUGGCCCAGUCCCAGGUCACUGACCUGAGGUCAGAGCUAGCAGAUACUCACAGGAUGAUCGACCAGUUGGCAGCGGCGGCGGGCUCCGGAGACCGCCCCCGCCCGGCCGCCGCCGCGCCGCCGGAGAAGACCAAGGUCAACGGGGUCACGGCGCCGGCGGCCGACGCGCCGGCGGCCGAGCCCCUGCUAAGCUCGGAGCCGGUGCCACCCGCCACCGAGGACGCCACCGACCUGUCCUCCGACGAGGAGCACGCAUACUACGAUAGAAACGCGCUGCUGGCAAUGGACCAGUCGCGUCUUGUGGAGGCCUGCCUCUCGCUGCAGUCGAGCCACCAGGCGCUGCGGCAGCGAGGCCGCGGCCUGCGCUCGCAGGUGGCCGGCCUGAGCGGCGCCGGCGACGCGCUCGAGGCGCAGACCAGCCAGCUGCGCGUCAAACUGAAGGCCAGCGAGGCCGAGGUGGCGCUCACCAAGGAGGCGUUAGCAGCGCUCAAGGCUGACCGGAAGCGGUUGAAGGCGGAAAAGUUUGACCUGCUGAAUCAGAUGAAGCAGCUGUACCAGACGCUGGAGGACAAGGAGCGCGAACUGCGUGAUUUCAUCCGAAACUACGAGCAGCGGAUAAAGGAAAACGACGAGUCGCUGCGCACGCUGGCCGCCGAGCGAGACGAGACAGAGCGUGAGAAGUGGAACAUUCUGAAACACGCGCGCGACGAGACGGAACGCUCCGUGGGGCUGUCGGCCGAACUGAGCAACAAGGACGGCCAGCUCAAACACAUCACUGAGGAGCUCACGGGCCUACGGAAGCAGCUCUCGCAACUGGGCUACUACUCAGACCAGGAGGCGGCGAGCCGGCCGAGUCGCGCCGCGGCGCCGCCGCCGGCCGCCGCGCCGGCGCUGGCGCCAGCGCCGCCCUCGCUCUCUCCGGGCGCGCUCGGCACGCCCAACGGCCGCGGCUCGAGCGCCGACUCCGGAGUUCGAGUCAGCUCUGACCGCGACUCGGUGGCCGCCGGCACCUCGGGCAACCUGAGCGACUCGACCACCAGCGGCGAGGGUACGACUGGGUUCUGUGUGACCGGCUGCGGUGCGUCCCUCCUCCUUCUUUUAACGUUUUGUUGGCGGCCUGUGCGAGCAGCCCGGCGAUCCAUUGGGGAUGACUCGUUCUCCAAACAAUUCCCCAAGCAGCAUCAAAGUUGUGGUGUGAAAGUAGUCUACGGGUGUGCUCUAAAACAGUUUACUCUAACUCCACCCGCACUACCUAGCGCCACCUUGAAGCUGGCAGUGUAUGCCGCUUGGCGAGAGCGGCCGCCCCACACCGUACCUAUGUGCGUCUUCGCGAGAGCGGCCGCCCCACACCGUACCUAUGUGCGUCUUCUCUCCGCAGCGGGCGCUCCGGCGCACAACCCGGACGGCGUGCCCACCGACUAUGACUCGAUAUCGAUAGUGUCCUCCGUAACCGCGUGCAGUCCCUACUACUACUACGCCCCGGCGGACGGCCAGCGAGGCUCGCCCACCAUGUCGCCCCUCACGCUGUCGCACACAGUCGACGUCGCCUCCAUCUCCAAGUCGGCUGAGCAGCUGGACUCGCUUGACCAGCUGGACCGCAAGCUGCGUCCUAAGGGCGCCAAGCAGGGGACCUGGGGCAGCAUCUCGCGGGUGUUCUCGCGCCAAAAGCAACGCAAGCAGCUGCAUAUGGGCGCGCACACAAACGACGAGACGUGGUCGCCACACUCGUCGCUCUGCUCGUCGCCGCUGACGGACGAGUCGUACGCCGAGAAGCUGCGCCUGCUGGAGGAGGCGCAGCAGCUGCCCAUGGAGCGCUGGAAGGCCUCGAUGGUUCUGGCCUGGCUCCAGGUGACCCUCGGCAUGCCGCAGUACGGCCCCGCCUGCGCCGAGAACGUCCGAUCCGGCAAGGUGAUGCUGGAGCUGACGGACGUGGACCUGGAGCGGGGUCUUGGUAUCCUGCAGCCGAUGCACAAGAAGAAGCUUCGGCUGGCCAUCGAGGAGCUGCGCCAGCCACACCUCUGCAAGUACCCGUACAUCUCUCAGCUGAACCACGGCUGGGUGGCGGCUGAGUGGUUGCCCGACGUCGGCCUGGCGCAGUACUCCGACAUCUUCAGCGCCCACCUCAUGGAUGGACGGAUGCUGGCGCACCUCACCAAGAAAGACAUGGAGAAAUACCUGAACGUCACCAGGAAGUUCCACCAGGUGUCGAUGCUGCACGGCAUCCAGCUGCUGCGGCUGCUGCAGUUCGACCGCCAGAUCAUCUGCGAGCGCCGCCAGCGCAGCGAGCUGAACGGCGACGACGUGCUGGUCUGGACCAACGCCCGCUUCGUGCACUGGGCCCGCUCCAUCGACCUGGCAGAGUACGCUGAUAAUCUCAAAGACUCGGGUGUGCAUGGGGCACUGGUGACACUCGAGCUCUCCUUCACGGCGGACACCAUGGCCACGGCGCUGGGCGUGCCCCAGUCCAAGAGCAUGAUCCGCCGGCAUCUGGCGGCGGAGCUGGACAAGCUGGUGCGGCCGGCCAGGGUGCUGCUGGACGAGGAGGCGCGGUACGCGCGCUGGGAGCAGGAGCGCCGACGCGCCGACCGGCCGGCCGCCGCCACCCUGGGCCGACCGUUCUCGCGCUCGUACGCCAGCGGUCUGCAGCGCAGCUCCGACAAGGACAAGCGCGGCUCCAGUCUCCGGAACAUGCAACUCCAGUUCAUGCACAAGAAGGGGUCGCUGAGCCGGGCAUUCGGCCUGAAGACGCGCCAGGAGCUGCAGCAGAGGGAGCCGGUGUACGAGACGCCGCGGGCGGCGGCGGCGCGCGCGGCGCCCCCGCCGCCACCGCCGCUGGAGCGGCCGCAGUCCGUGGUGACGACCAGCAGUGAGUCGCGUGUCGAGAGGCAGCACCGCCGCAUCAAGUCCAUCAGCGACAUGGAGACCAUCACCGUGACGCCCGUCUGAGACCCGGCAGAGACGGCGCACUGCGGCGCGCGCUGGUGCAAUACGGCAGCGGUCGGGCCGCGUUUACUGCCAUCUAGCGGGCCAGUGAACACUUGAGCACGAUUUUCGCCGGUGAGGCAUUCGCUACGAAUGGGUCAAUGGAUGGUGGACGCGCGGGAGUGCUGAUACCCGGGAACUUCUGGGCUUGGUGACGACGACAGGCGGCAGCAGUGCACGUGCGGCGACGUGCGUUGUGCGGGGCGGCUACCCCCCGAUGAAGGCCGCACGUCUCGUGCCCCUGUGAUACCGGAGACAGCACAGCCGUCGUUUGCCAAAUGCUCUAGUCAUGCCCGCGGGCCGGGGUCGCCCCCGGCGUUUUCCGCGCCGCCCCUUUCCUCCCCGCCUGUACAAACGGUGUCCGGCGUCGGCCAGAGGGCGGCGCUCGCUCAAGUCGGUCGGCCGCGCCGCGGGGCUCGGGUCUCGGUCGGAGGUCUCGACCUCAAGGUGAAAACCGGCCUCGCCGGCCAGACCCACACUUUAUAUUGCGGAGACGGUGCAGCGCUGGUGGCUAAAUAAAGCUUUACAUAUCCA